AUGAAGGAGUGUUCGGUCUUCGUGUUCGACAAGCGCAUCGCGGAGAAGCUUUACAAGCCGAAGCGCAAGGAGACCAUGUUGGACUGCAUGCGGCUCUGUGUCAUGUCCAUGGAGAAGUGGCGUCAUCCGAAGAUGCUCCAAGUCAUCCACGCUCUCGAAGAAGGCACCACUACCAUCGCCUUUGCUUCGGAGCCGGUCCUGGCUAGUCUUGCGAACAUCUUGGCUUGGCAUGAGUGCAACGUGUUACCCGGACAUGCACCUCCAAUAAUGCCGCAUCCCAUAACUUUGGGUCCACCUAGCGCUCAACAGCAGAUCUUGAAUUCUACUCCUCAUCUUCCACCCCACGCCAAGGAGUACUUCUUCCUGGAUAUUGAGCUGCGUUACGGACUGCUGCAGCUCAUCGAGGCUCUGCAUUACCUGCACUACAAUACCCACAUGAUGCAUCGCAACGUGUGCCCUCAGGUGAUCAUCGUCACCAAGAGAGGCACUUGGAAGCUCUUUGGCCUCGAGUUUGCUGAAAAUUGCCUGUCAUCGGACCCCACCGACAUGAUAUGCGUGCCACCGUGGUCCAUCAAGGUGGCAAAAUUAUCUCAGCCCAAUCUGGACUAUUUAGCCCCUGAGGUGCAGACCAGCGGCCAAUGCAGCAUUCUCUCUGACAUGUUCUCUCUGGGCUUGGUUAUCUGCGCUGUCUUCAAUAACGGAAAACCAUUGAUCCAAGCCAAUAACAACCCUAUGUUGUACAUGAAACAGAUUGAAUUCUUGGAUCAACAAGUAAUCCAGGUGUUGCCUCGCGUACCGUCUGCAUUGCAAGAGGCAGUGCAACGUCUUCUGGCAAGGGAUCCCCACCCUCGCCCAACCACCCAACUGUUGCCGUUGAUCAAAUACUUUAAAAAUAAGGGUGAUCAAGAGCAGGCAAUAGCCGCAAUGCAAUUCCUGGAUGUGGUGACCAUGAAGGACCCGAAUCAGAAGGCUCAUUUCUAUCGAACCACUCUGAUUGAGGCUCUGCCAUCCAUUCCUAAGAAACUACGCUGGCAACACAUCUGGCCAGCUCUGCAGACGGAGGUUCGCACCGCCGAGGUUCUAGCUUCUGUCCUCCAAUCCGUGAUGUGGAUGGUCAAAGAGGCCGAUGAGGAGGAAUUCGAGCUCUACAUAAUGCCAACCUUAAAGCGGAGGCUCUCAGCGCCGCCUACAGAAUCCUCACCUCCGGACACCUCCAUCUCCGAGGAGUCCGAGGGGGCAGCCUUUCCCAGGGCGCUCCCCUCCGCUGCCAGCCGCUCUGCCGGCACAGAGCGGCUCCCAGCCGCUCUUGUGGAGCCCUUCCCCUUGCCCCUACCCCGCGCAGCCGUGGGGAUUUUGGGGGCUGGGGCCUCCUGCUCGUUGGAGGACGGCUCUCGACCGUCCUCCAACCUGGGACGUUUGAAAACGCCCCGGUCCUUUUUGUGGCGCAGCGCAAUGCUGACGCCAGACAACGAUGAGUCGGACUCUGAAUCCGACUCCUUUCCUCCCUGUGCCCUUGCCCGGGACUUGCUGGACGGAACCAGCGUCUCCCCACAGUUGGGUUUAAGUCUUCCAUGUUAUUCCCACGAGUAUGGGGGAAAUAAGAGGUCCGCCCAGGGAGAGCCCCCUGUCCCUGGGGCUCUGUUCAAUUCGCCAAGAAGCAUUCAGGCAUCGGUCACCAUUCUUGAGAACAUGCACACAAUCAUGCUAAAGUGCAACCAGACGGAGAUAGACCAAGAAGUGUUGCCAAUGUUGUACCAUGCUUUGGAAAGCAACACUACUCAAAUUCAGGCUGCAUCAUUGGUUGCCACGCAAAAUAUUUGCGAUUCCAUUGACAACAAGGCGCUCCACACCGAACUCUUAAACAAAGUCAAGUCGCUGCUUGAGCGGAAUGCUAGCGACGUGAAGAUAAUCAGCUUGAUACUCUGCUUCUAUGAAAAGAUUAUAGUGAAGUUCGACAGGACCCUCAUCUUGGAGCAGGUGAUUCCGACUCUGCUGGCUAUGCGGCUCAGCGACCCAGAUAUCGUCACACGUGUCGUUAAACUAUACAAGUCCCUACUCAUGGAAAGGAAAUUUGGAUUAACUACCAAUGUGAUGGCAACGAAAAUGAUUCCUUCGUUGGCUCCACAAACAGUUAAUCCUGCGCUGAACGUCGACCAGUUUACUAAUCUCAUGGAGGUAUAUUUUCUGAGAAUAUUAUUUAAUUUUGAAGUGUACUCCAGGUUUGUAGGUAACAAGAAUAAACUAACAAUGUAUUUGUUGCGACGCACCGCCCAGAUCCUGUACGACAUGCUGGAGAACAUCGACCGGCAGCAGCGCUACAAGCUGAAGGCCGACAACCUCGCGCUCCCGAGUCCGGAGCGUCGCAAACUUCGCCAUCAGAUGAGCACAGAUAAUAUGAACGCACCGCCUUUUAAUAUUCCAAACUUAAGAGUGGAUCAGCGUAAAACCUCUAGUGCUGAGGAUAUGGCCCGUAAAAAUUCUAUGAGUGGCCCUCCUCCCGCUGCUGUUCCUAGCACUAGCGGUAGUGUAGGCGGGUUCAAGAGUAAGCAUACGUUUACAAAAUGUAGUGUAAAAAGUCCGACACGCACAAGAGUCAUACGGAAAUUUUGUACAGGCACAGGAAUUGGCCAGUGGUUCUUCGGUUCCAGCAAUUCUACUAAUACCGACAAUAAUUUCCUUCGCGUUUCAAGCGCUUUUCCCAAUCGUCGCCUGUCGGAUAACACUCUGAUGACGCCCAAAAUACGCAUCGCGCCAUCGUGCGCUUCGUCCCCGGGUGGCACUCCGGGAGGAACAUCUGGUUUGCCUACGCGCCGCCACUCGAGCAUUGGGCCCCAGGAGCGUCGGGGCUCGGCUGUCAACCUUUCUCCGCCAACCGGUGGCUCAAUGCCAAACACAUCAUCGAGCGUACCGUUUCUGCUGACUUCUUCAAUGCAAUCCAUUCGCUCGCGCCGCCCAUCGGCCUGCUUGAGCGGCUCUCAGGGCUCCGGACUGCUGCAACAGAUUAGCAGUGGCAUGGUAAGGCACCUACCGAGCAGCAGUAGACACCACUCGCACGCCUCGACUUCGACCAACUGGAGCCUGCAGGGCGCCACCGCGGCCGGCUACAACGCUCUGCAGCACACCGCCAUGGCAGUGAGGAAAUGCCCCUCACUCAAUAUUACCCUCACGCGUUAA